AGGGCGAAGGUGGAACGGAACUUCCUGUUCUCGCGGGAUCUAAAGGCGGGACUGCCACGUCCAAGCAAACCGGGAAAGGAGAGGAUCCCGGAGCCGCGUGAUGGCCAGAGGCCUGGGGGCCCCCCACUGGGUGGCCGUCGGACUGCUGACCUGGGCGACCUUGGGGCUUCUGGUGGCUGGACUCGGGGGUCAUAACGACCUGCACGACGAUCUGCAAGAGGACUUCCAUGGCCACAGCCACAGGCACUCACAUGAAGAUUUCCACCAUGGACACAGCCAUGCCCAUGGCCAUGGCCACACUCACGAGAGCAUCUGGCAUGGACAUACCCACGAUCAUGACCAUGGACAUUCACAUGAGGAUUUACACCAUGGCCAUAGCCAUGGCCACUCCCAUGAGAGCCUCUACCACAGAGGACAUGGACAUGACCAUGAGCAUAGCCAUGGAGGCUAUGGGGAGUCUGGGGCUCCAGGCAUCAAGCAGGACCUGGAUGCUGUCACUCUCUGGGCUUAUGCACUGGGGGCCACAGUGCUGAUCUCAGCAGCUCCAUUUUUUGUCCUCUUCCUUAUCCCCGUGGAGUCGAACUCUCCCCGGCAUCGCUCUCUACUUCAGAUCUUGCUCAGUUUUGCUUCCGGUGGGCUCCUGGGAGAUGCUUUCCUGCACCUCAUUCCUCAUGCUCUUGAACCUCAUUCUCACCACACUCUGGAGCAACCCGGACAUGGACACUCCCACAGUGGCCAGGGCCCCAUUCUGUCUGUGGGACUGUGGGUUCUCAGUGGAAUUGUUGCCUUUCUUGUCGUGGAGAAAUUUGUGAGACAUGUGAAAGGAGGACAUGGUCACAGUCAUGGACAUGGACACGCUCACAGUCAUACACGUGGAAGUCAUGGACAUGGAAGACAAGAGCGUUCUACCAAGGAGAAGCAGAGCUCAGAGGAAGAAGAAAAGGAAACAAGGGGGGUUCAGAAGAGGCGAGGAGGGAGCACAGUACCCAAAGAUGGGCCAGUGAGACCUCAGAACGCUGAAGAAGAAAAAAGAGGCUUAGACCUGCGUGUGUCGGGGUACCUGAAUCUGGCUGCUGACUUGGCACACAACUUCACUGAUGGUCUGGCCAUUGGGGCUUCCUUUCGAGGGGGCCGGGGACUAGGGAUCCUGACCACAAUGACUGUCCUGCUACAUGAAGUGCCCCACGAGGUCGGAGACUUUGCCAUCUUGGUCCAGUCUGGCUGCAGCAAAAAGCAGGCGAUGCGUCUGCAACUACUGACAGCAGUAGGGGCACUGGCAGGCACAGCCUGUGCCCUUCUCACUGAAGGAGGAGCAGUGGGCAGUGAAAUUGCAGGUGGUGCAGGUCCUGGCUGGGUCCUGCCAUUUACUGCAGGUGGCUUUAUCUACGUAGCAACAGUGUCUGUGUUGCCCGAGCUGCUGAGGGAGGCAUCACCAUUGCAAUCACUUCUGGAGGUGCUGGGGCUGCUGGGGGGAGUUAUCAUGAUGGUGCUGAUUGCCCACCUUGAGUGAGGGGUGGAUAAACUACCCCUGCCCCAAACCUCUACCCCUAACUCCAGGUCAGGGGUGCGUAGAGGUUGGGGGCCCUGGCCAGGGACAUCUGCCAAAGGAAGGAACUGUAGCCUGGGAGAAUGGUUACUUUGGCAUUAGGGCCUUCAAGGGCUGGCAGUCUUACAGAGGCUGGAGCGGUGAGAAUGAGAGGCCAGAGGGACCAUAGUGUUGGGCACUGUCUGACCAUGUUGCAUUUGGAGGGCUAAAUGGGGCCAUGAAGAAGGCUGGAAGGGACAGGGGGUGAUGGCAGCCUACCUGGUGUCCCCUACCCCACCUGUUCUCGGAGAACCAAGUUGCUACACAGGAAGUUCUCCAAGGUCCAGUUUCCUUUCUCCCACCAGUUGGUGGAGGCUUCAGGGAAGACCAGAGUCCUGGACAGAGAGGGUAACAGGAGGAGUCGGGGAUAAACAUCAAACAUCAAUCGUGUGUCCUGAUUUGGGAGUGAUUGGGGGGAUGGGGUGGGAGAGGGUUAGUUGGUAUUCUCAUGGCCUGAUUUUUUUUGUUUCUAUUCCUUUUAUAUCACUGUGUUUGAAUCGAGGGGGAGGGGUGGUAACCGGAAAUAAAGACCUCCGAUCUUCCGCCCCA